AUGAAGUGGUACCAUUGGUCUGUCGAGUACUUUGAGGAUCUGCGCAACGUCAACCACUGCGAGUUUAUCGUCAUGAAACAGAGUCCCGCCAACGGCAAAUAUAUUUUGGAGAACGAGCUCCGAACAUGGUCCGCUCUUAAGAAGCGUGCGGCCGCUGGAGAGAAAGGAAGCAACGGCGCAUCCACUUCGUCCAGACCAACCCCAUUGACCGGAACGUCGGGAAACGCGACGUCCUCCCCAGUGGUGCCCAUCCGCCGCUGGGGAGGGUGCGCGAACGGCUGUAACCACGACAAGAUAAGCUGGCCGAAGCGAGUGAUGCGCAAGAACACAGCCGACUUCCUGGGCAACCAGCCUCCUGCCGCACCACUUGCCCACGUAGAGGGUGAGAAGGACGAUCACCCCAUUGCAUCUCAGGAGGGCGACCAUGCCCCCACUAUAAAAGAGCCUUCACCCCAGAAACCCACUCGCAAACCAAGCACAAAGGCUGCUCCGGUCCCAACUAUGCCAUUGACCCCGGCAUCGCCGAACGACGCAACUGACGAUGGAUCGAGCGAUGAUGAGCAAAUAAUGAGUAGCGAACAAGAAGACUCCGGACCCGUUCCCCCACGCAAACACCAUGCCGCACCACGUACUGGUGCUAUUCUGCGUCAUUUACAACCGCCUCCAAGCGCUGGUGAAGGCUUCUCGGAUGAUUCAGACUAUUUCCCUGGCAUGCAACAUCUUCACGUCCAUCACCAUGGUGCUCGACGCGCACAGAGGGAAAAGAGCAAGGAGCGUAAAGCAGCCCGCAAACAAACAGAGAAGAGUUGGAUGGCAGAGUCUGGCAUGUACUCCGGGGCCCGUGCUGAUACAUUGGGCGACGGUGACGAGCUCAGCGAUAUCGGCUCGUCUUCUUAUGCGAAGGUCGUAUCGCCCACAACGAUAGAAGGCGGAGAACACAUGCCAAUUCUUAAGGAGGCGCUGAAGGGUGAUAUGACCGUGGAGAAGGAAGCAGAAGAAGAGAACCGAGCGGAAGACGACAAAGAGGUCACUGAGAAGAAGAUCAACGAAGAAGACGUCGAGAAGAUGAAAGAAGCAGAUAGGAAAACCCUCAGCGAGGUAUACUAG